CAAUCAGUAACCGGUUGAAAAAAGACAUCAGACUUCGACCCGAGGCGCGACACUAACGGCGAGAUGACUUCUAGUAAAGUUGAACUCCCUGCAGAAGUGAAGACGGACGCGGCAGCUCUGAUGGCAUCGCUCCAUUUGAUGCCCUCUCCCGUCCCCAACCCGGAGAUCAAGUACACUAAGAUCUUUAUCAAUAAUGAAUGGCAGGCCUCUGAGAGCGGAAAGGUGUUCCCCACCUACAACCCGUCCAGCGGAGAGAAGAUCUGUGAUGUGCAGGAGGCUGACCAGGCUGAUGUAGAGAAGGCAGUGAAAGCGGCUCGUGCAGCGUUCGCUCUGGGGUCGCCGUGGCGACGGAUGGACGCGUCGGAACGAGGCAGGCUGCUGGGGAAGCUGGCGGACCUGGUGGAGCGGGACAGCGCCUACCUCGCCACGCUGGAGAGUCUGGACAGUGGAAAGCCGUUCCUGGCGGCUCUCUUCGUGGACCUGCAGGGCACUAUAAAGACGCUGCGCUACUACGCUGGGUGGGCUGACAAGAUCCACGGCCUUACCAUUCCCAUCGACGGGGAGUACUUCACUAUGACCCGGCAAGAGCCCAUCGGAGUCUGUGGACAGAUCAUCCCUUGGAACUUCCCCCUGAUGAUGAUGGCGUGGAAGCUUGGUCCAGCGCUCUGCUGUGGGAACACACUGGUCCUGAAACCAGCAGAGCAGACCCCACUCACCGCCCUGUACAUGGCUUCACUCGUCAAAGAGGCCGGCUUUCCUCCAGGAGUGGUCAAUAUUUUGCCGGGCUACGGGCCAACCGCAGGAGCGACCAUAUUUCACAUGGGCAUAGACAAAGUGGCUUUCACAGGAUCAGCAGAGGUGGGUAAGCUGAUCCAGGAGGCAGCAGGGAGGAGCAAUCUGAAGAGGGUGACUCUGGAGCUGGGGGGCAAGAGCCCCAACAUCAUCUUUGCAGACGCCGACCUGGACCUGGCUGUGGAGCAGGCCCAUCAGGGUGUGUUCUUUCAACAGCGGGUCAGUGCUGCUGGGCUCAAGGGUCUCGCCGUGGAGGAGUCCAUCUACGACGAGUUUGUCCGCCGCAGCGUGGAGAGGGCCAAGAGGAAGGUGGUGGGAAGCCCCUUCGACCCAACCACAGAGCAGGGACCACAGGUAACACAGGAGCAGCGGCAGCGCAUCAUGGAGCUGAUCCAGAGCGGCGUGCGUGAGGGGGCCAAGCUGGAGUGUGGGGGCAGCGUGGGCGCUGGGAAGGGCUUCUUCGUGGAGCCCACCGUCUUCUCCAACGUCACCGACAACAUGCGCUUCGCCAAGGAGGAGAUCUUUGGCCCGGUGCAGCAGAUCCUGAAGUUUAAGACGCUGGAGGAGGCGAUCGAGAGAGCCAACGACACAGACUACGGCCUGGUGGCUGCCGUCUUCACCAACGACCUCAACAAAGCCAUGACCGUGUCCACCUCUGUCCAGGCCGGCACCGUAUGGAUAAACUGCUACAACGCUCUGAGCUGUCAGUGUCCGUUUGGAGGCUUCAAGAUGUCCGGCAAUGGCCGUGAGCUGGGUGAAUAUGGCCUGAAGGAGUAUUCAGAAGUGAAGACCAUCACCAUGAAGAUGACGGGGAAGAACUCUUAGGCCCCUCCCCCAUGCCACCACUCCUCACCCACACCCACACCCCCGCCUCCCCCAACUCACCACUGAGGGACUUCCUGUUCGGGGUGCUCCAUUCCAGCAGUCGCCACGGCGACUCCAUACUGCACACUAACCAACCGCCCGACACUCCAUCCACCAUCACCACAGCAUCCUGCUGUGGUCCUACAUCCCAUCAUCUGGGGUCCUACUGAAGCAGGCACUAUGGACGGAUACCCCCCCCCCUCCCCCCAUCCUCAAAU